AUGUCAACGACUGUAUCAAGUAUCAGUCCAUCCCCAGAAGUGCAAAAUACUCUGGAGCAGACACAGCUUGUAAAUGAGGAACUACAACGCCGGAAGGCAGAUGCAGAGAAAGACCGCGACUUGUUCAGGGAUCUCUAUAGCAAGGCUUCCGCCCAUGCCAGUGCGGUCACCAACGAGAACAACGAGCUCCAGGAGAGAGUGACGUUACUCGAGGGCCAGAUCCGAGAUGGGAUAGGGAUGCUCAGAGGGACAUACGAGGAGAGGGUCCAGAGGUUGGAGACAGAAGUCGGGAAAUGGAAGGGGCUCUGUGAGCUGCUGACGGCAAGAGACAGGAGGACGAACGACGAAGUUCGGAGGCGAGCUGCAUUAGAGCCAGAGCUGCGAGAGGAAAACAAGCGGAUGAGAGAGGAGUUAGAGAAGCUGAGUCGAGAUUAUCUGCAGAUGGAAGACGUUCUAGAGCAGUUGGCUCAGCCACUGAAAGCGUCGGGCAAUAUCUCACCAUCGCCUCCAAGACUGGAAACAGUUAAUGUCGCCACGAUAGCAUCGAUGCAAGUCGUCAGGCAAUCAUCUCAGGCCGACUCCUUGUACCUUUGA